AUGACCUACAGAAUUUGUGGAAACCCCCCACAAUUCACGGCGCAGCCGGAGGAGGAGCAUAUUGUGUUCCCGAAUGAUGACAUUAUCCUGAAAUGUGAGGCCACGGGGAACCCUCCUUUGACGUUCCGCUGGACCAAAGAUGCGAAAGAGUUUGACCCACAGAAGGAGGCGGGGGUGACCCGUCUGAACGGAUCAGGGACCCUACUGAUCACAACGAGCAAUGGAAUCGGGGCUUCCAGGUUCCAGGGGAUCUAUCGAUGCUACGCGGGCAACGCGUUGGGCACGGCCAUGAGCCUCGAGAGCCGCGUCGUGGUUGAAACGGCUCCCCAGUGGCCAAAGGAGAGCAUGGCCCCCUUUGAAGUGGAGGAAGGGGCCUCGGCCAUUUUACCCUGCAAUCCGCCUGAAAGUGCCUUCACCCCCAAAAUCUACUGGCUCAACAGCAAGAUUAUUCACAUCAAGCAGAACGAGCGAGUCAACAUGGGUCAAGACGGGAACCUUUAUUUUGCCAACGUGCAGUUGUCGGACAGCCGCACAGACUACAUAUGCAACGCACACUUCCUGGGUCCCCGAGUCAUCAUCCAGAAGGAACCUAUAGAAUUGAAAGUCAAACCCACCAACUCCAUCCUGAUGAGAAAGCCGCGUCUGAUGGUGCCGGACAAAAGUUCCUACGUGGCGCUGCAGGGAAAGACCUUGACCCUGGAGUGUAUCCCAGAGGGGCUCCCCACACCCAUAGUGGAGUGGAUCUACAAGGACAGGUUGAUGCCCCUCCAUCGAGCAGACUUCGAGAAUUUCAACAGGACCUUGCGCAUUGAGAAUGUGUCAGAGGACGAUGAUGGCGAAUACCAGUGCCUCGUUCGCAACACAGAGGGCGAGACGCAGCACACGUAUCACGUCACUGUUGAAGCUGCUCCCACCUGGACCAAACAGCCAGAGAGCCAUAUCUACGGGCCAGGGGAGACCGUAUGCGCAUAUCUGCCGCCAGACCCAAGAAGGGUGCUGCAGCGGGGAGCUCUGAUUCUUAGCAAGGUGGAACCCAACGAUACGGCCGUGAUCCAGUGCCUUGCCCACAAUAAACACGGCAGCCUCUUAGCCAAUGCUUACAUCUACGUAGUCCGCCUACCAGCACAGAUCCUGACCCCAGACAACAUGAGCUACAGCGUGGUGGAGAACCAGACCGCCUUUUUGCAUUGCAAAACGUUUGGAGCGCCUGGGCCCACAGUGAAAUGGUUUACGGAAGACAUGUCCCUUGCCCUCAAAAACAACCGGACCUUUGAGUUCACGAAUGGGACCCUGCAGCUUAAGGCAAGUCCAACUCCUAGGACGCUUGGGAGUUAUCAAUGCUUGGCUGAGAAAUCCAUCGUAGGAACGGAGUUCCAUCCACCGCUACAGAUCUCAUUGUUCAAAGUCCCAGGAGCCACCAAGAUUUUGGUGGGCCCUGCCAAUGAGAAGAAGCUGAAAGGCGCCACGGUGACCUUCCACUGCGAAGCGCGGUUUGACGACUCCAUCCUGAAGCACGGGAUCAAGUGGCAGCGCGGAGGACGGGACAUUACGGAGUCGGACGACACGGACAAGUACUUCAUCAGCAACACAACCCUGACCAUCACUGACUUGGAGUACUCUGACCAAGGGUUAUAUAGCUGUGUGGCUUGGACAUCUCUUGACUCCGUGAAGAAGAGCGCCAGGCUGUUGGUGGCUGGCAAUAUCAACUGUUGUGUGUCCCCCAUUGAACUUGAACUUGUCCCCCUUGCCUACGAAUUGGUUCUGGGUGGCAGUCAGUCAACAGCAAAGGCUGGGUGGCAGCUGAUUAAUGUUGACUCCACCCUGGCCAUGCCCCCAGAAUGUCCCACUACACCGAUGGAGGUGGCAGGGGCCAUGUCUGCCUACUAUGAAGGGCUGCAGCGGCCACCCUCUGGCAGAUUUCCCCCUCCACUGGCUUAUGUACUCUAG